CUGGGAGCCAGAAUUCUAAAUCUGUGUGCACGGAGCCGGUGGCAAGUAGGCGAGUCGCGGAGUGUGCUGGGCUAUGUUGAUAAGAGGAGGUUUGGAAAGGGAUGCAAGGCAGUGUAGCAUCCCAAAAAAGACGGUUGUGGACGAGAUGAAGCAGGUCUUCAAGACUCGAAAGCCGGGAAACCCGAAAAACGCACGCCGGCACAAAACAAUCGUCUUUCAGUGGAUUCUUGUCAUCGACAACCCCCGGGUGUGCGCAUGGGACACCAAAAGCAAAGGAGGAAAGGGGAAAUCGGACAGGAUCGGAGCAGUUUCCUUCAACUCCUUGGUAAGGACUGCUAGCUCAUUUACGAAGCCAACAGGAUCGAAGAAACUCAAGGAGGAGGUCCGAUGGCGAGGAGGCGAGCCACGAUCUCCUGUGGGCGGAUUGCGUGGACAGGAGGAUGGGUACCUAGGUUGGAACGCUGUGACCACUUUUAACGGCACAUAUCACCGGGAAGUCCCACUGGUCGCUGGCCAACAGGUACCGGACUGGAUACUGGAGCCAUUCGCCAAGGGGGUCAGCUUUGCUGUUGCCAGCGGGGCCCAUGUCCCAGACACGACUUUACGAGGUGCCAAUCCAGGGGAAAUGUGGGACAUGUGCUUUGCUUUUGUUGUGAACGUUAAUUUUGUCUUAGAACAUCAUGUCGACAGAAAUUUCUCUGUCCUGGCUCUGGUCAGAGCAAAAGUCUCUGUCCGAGCUCUGACCUAG